CAACCUCUUCACCACCAUGAAUGACCAGACCUCGUCCACGGCUCGGAUCGAAGAUGAUACGCCCCCGUCACCAAAGCGCAAGAAAGUCCGGGCAAAAUACGCGCCCAAGGCAUGCGUGUCCUGCCGACGCUCGAAACUCAAGUGUAGUGGAGAGAACCCAUGUUCGAGAUGUGUAGACGGCAAUCGCAGAUGCUUUUACUCGGAGGACCAGACGGCGGCCGAGGCGCUGCAGAACCUCAGUCGACCCACACCCGUACAGCCCCCAAUCAACCUCAACGGGAACGGAAAUGGCGUGCAGCGGAGGAGCAUCUUACCACGAAAUGAGAGUAUGGAGCGCAGGGCCAGUGAUGCCAGUUUAGGGGGCAUUUCUAUGGAGGCGCGCAUGGCGAGAAUCGAGGGCAUGAUGGAGGCUUUGAUCCAAGAACGCGGCGGGAGCGGCGUGUCGACGAGAGGCAGUAUGGAGAGAGAAGAUAUGGCUGGCGAUGGCUUCCAGAGCGAUGCUGCGUUCCAUGCACCCAUGGAAACCUUCAGUGCGAACCUGGCCUCUGUCAGGCAACAACUUGGCUUUAUGCAGGAGAUGCCCACCUACACCGAGACCCGCUCCAGGCCCUCGGUAUCGGCAGCUAGCCCCUCGGGCAAUACUGAGUCUCUUUCCAGCGUCCGCGUCGGUUUACGCUGUCUCGCUUUUCCGAGCCCGGCCGACUUUCAGAAGUACAUUGAUUUCUUCUUCGCGGACAUCAAUCUGUGCCUCCCUUGUGUAAACGAGGCAGAGUUCCGAGCACGGAGCGAGAAGAUGUUGAUUUCAAGAAUCAUACACAACAGUGACAUCAGCUUUCUAGCGCUGAAUUAUAUCAUCUUUGCUUGCUCAGAUGUUCUGGUCGAUACAGCACCAUCCAGCGUAAAUGGCAAGCCUGCUGGUUGGAAGUGGUUUCAAACCGCCGAUGAGCUCGUCGGGAAGAGGAAGUUUUGUGGAAGGGGAGAUCUGAGUCUGAUACAGUUUCUUGUUUACGAGGCCUUCUAUCUCAUCCAUGCCGACAAACCCAAUGCAGCUUAUAAUGUGAUCGGUCUUGCCUGUAGGCUUUGCUUCCAGUUCGGCCUGCACCAACAGUCCUGUUGGGGAAAUUGUAGUCCCUACGCCGUGCACGUGCGCCAACUUAUAUUCUGGACAGUAUACUUCACCGACCGGCGCAUAGCACUGAGCUGUGGGCGUCCGUAUGGUAUUCGAGAUCUUGACAUCGACGUUGAGCAACCAUCCUGGAUAUACGACAAGGAACUCUACCCCGAUCAGCCACUCCCCGAACCUAACGUUUCCCGCUCUUCUAACAUGUACCUCACCUGUAUGGUCUCGUGGGCUAAACUCGCCGGCGAUGUCUGGGACCAAGUGUUUGCCCCUGGAGCCGCCCGACGCGGUGUAGAUGGCGAGAACGCGGCAGUCCUCGAUGCAAGGAUCAAGCACUGGACUGAAGCUGUUUUGCCCACGAUCCCGCUCCUUCCUACUGAUCAGCCGCCAGAGGUCAGACAUCUACGGCAACAUGUCCUCGUCCACACGCGGUUAAAUCAUCUUAGGUUGCUGCUAAGGCGAAGGACGAUGGUGAGAUUGAAAUACGACGGUAGCACAGGACGACUCUGCGGUGACCUAGCCAUUGACAUUGUGCAACGAAUCAAAGCGCACACUCCUGAAGCCAAAGCCCCAAGCUCCUUCCGCUUCCACAUGACAGCUUCGCUCGGUAGUGCAAUUCUUAUCCUUGCAACACUCCUUGUCCGUGACCUGGCCUCCAUAGGCCUGCAAGACAAGCAGUCCGCCUACGCAGACAGCUUCCGCGACGGCGUCUCGAUUCUCCAUGAUAUAGCCAUCUACCUUCAAGCUGCACGCCGCGUCGCAGACGAUCUUAAAGAUAUCGUACAUGUCGUCACGGCUGUCCUUAGCCAGCAGCAAGGACAAGAUGGCGUGAUUACGCAGAACGUGAUUCCCUUGAAUAUCGAUGAUCUAUUUCCCUACAGUACUCUUGAUUUUGCGCAGCAAGGAGGCUGGGGCGAGUAUCACGGUAGUCUGGGGAUGGCGGGUUGGAAUGGUACAGGGGGAACAGGAGCGGCUGGAGGUAUGGAUAACCAGAUGACGAAUUUAGACUCUUGGGAUUUUGAGUUGCAGCCUCAUAGCGGAGGGCAUGGGGUGCCAUGGAUAUGACGGGAUUAUGGGUAGUGCACUGAAUGCUGGGAGAUUUGCGGCCAGCGAAUUUCACGGCGGCCAUUAAUGCAAAUCACAGAUUCUGGGUUCAGCUCAGGUCAAACCCAGAGAACGCACUGUUGAAAUCCUUGCUGUCGGCAUGCCUUUAUACGGACGGCUUUAUCCAUGCCAUAGCACGCCUCAUCGGAAUUCAGAUCAUUUAGACUGAUAUGGGUGGGUUCAUGGGUGGACAUUGCCAGGUAUUUCGCGGAAGUCUAUCACACAGUCAAUCAACGAAGUAGGUCUGUCUG